AUGCCAAUCAAACCUGUUGGAUGGAUAUGUGGGCAGGUGUUGAAGAACUUUUCUGGAAGAAUUGAGGGGUUCCAGAAAGCCAUCAUGGACCUUAUAGAUGAGUUUAAAGAUGAAUUUCCUGCUAUCCUAAGAUUAUCACAAUCUAACCAGAAGAAAGAAGCUACGCAGAAAACAUCCAAAGUCAAAAUGGCUCUCGUAUUAGCCAAGAUCAACCGGGGAACACUGAUUCAAGGAUUAAACAGGGUAUCUAGAUCCUCCAAAUCAGUGGCCAGACUUCUGCAGCCUCAGCUUACAUGCAGGCUUUUAGAGCUAAGGGGCAUAUCUCACCGUCUGCUCAGAGAUGUUAAUGCACCAAGGCAACCCCUGUACAACAACGUGCAGGUCAGAAGGGGUUCUUUGUUUGAAAUCAUUUCUUUUCCAGCAAAAGCUGCUUUAACUAGCAUAAUCUAUGCUUCCUAUGCAGCACUAGUCUAUUUGGCAGUCUGUGUUAACACUGUGCUGGAGAAAGCAAAGAGUAUUUUCAAAGAAGAAGAAUCCAUAAGGCAAAACCAAGAAAAUGAAAUGUGUAGAAAAGCCUUUUCUGAGCCUGUGCUUCCAGAGUCUGUGUUUCCUGUAGCUGAAAUCAAAGCAAAACCUUACAGGUCACUGCCAGAGAAGCCAGACAACGUUUCAAAUCAACCCACGCUUCCUGACAACAAGCGGAGUAAUAAGAUCCAGGUUUUACAUUCAGUGUUUGACCAAUCAGCCGAAAUGAAUGAAUAA